UAUUUCAUUUUCUAAUAGAGGUCAUUGGUGUGGUGUCAAUUUUGACAUUUUGAGGUUAUUUGUUUACAGCUUUGCGAUAAGUUUCUAGUUUCUUCGAAAAUUAAAGUUUUUAUUAAUAAUGAGUACAAUAAUUAAAGUUGCAAAUGAGCAAGAAAUCAUCAAGAAGUUGUCAUCAUACAUUGAAAAAAUUUCUAACGACGCUAUUUUGAAUCGUGGGAAGUUUUUCGUCGGUCUUUCCGGAGGCUCAGUAGUUAAGUAUUUAUGCGAGGGAUUACCACAAGUGGAUACUGCCUGGGAUAAAUGGAUAGUGGCUUUCUGCGAUGAGAGGGUUGUACCAGAGGAUAGUGAAGAUUCAACAUUCGGGACAUAUAACAAACAGUUGAUACCAAAAAUUGGACUUGAUAGAAAACAGUUUGUUGUUAUUAAGCAAGGAAUUUCAGCCAGUGAAGCAGCCAAAGACUAUACUGAAAAAUUAGCAAAAGUAUUUGAAAGUGAUGACUUUAAAUUCGACCUACUCCUACUAGGCAUGGGUCCAGAUGGCCACACAUGCUCUCUUUUCCCUAAUCACCCUCUCCUCAAAGAGACUUUCUUGAAAGUGGCUCCAAUAACAGAUUCACCCAAACCUCCCCAGGAAAGAAUAACACUGACUUAUCCAGUUAUCAACAACGCAAGGAAUUGUAUAUUCGCUAUCAGUGGGGCUGGAAAAGCAGAUAUGGUUAAACGUAUUCUAAAAGAUAAAGAAGACCUACCUGCGGGAAAAGUCAAGUCAGAAUCGGGUUCCGUUUACUGGAUUGUGGAUGAUGCCGCUGCAAAACAUUUAUAAUGAAACAGUUUUUGGCUUUUGGAGUUUUUGUACAAUUUAUUUUUUCAUUGAUUUAAGGGUUAUUUAAUUUAAAUUAUGGAGGGUCUAUUUAUUUUUGAAAGAUUUUUAUGAUAGUGAUAUGGCACCUUGCACAAGCAUACUUUAUGAAGGAUUUUUAUGAUCAUGAUAUUUUAUAAGGAUACUAAUUCUUUUAAUAAAACUUUAAAGAUACUUUUGUGAUAAUAGUCUAAAAAUUGCAUUUGGUGCCUAUUAAUAUACAUAUUUGAAAUACAUUCCUAUUUUAAUAA